ACAGGGUAUGGCAUUCCCAAGCCUAUGAUUCCCUCCUUUGAGAGUGGCCGUGAAAGUGACUUUGCCUUAUUGAAAAUGGCCCUUGACAACCUGUUGAACAGUCAUCCACACCUGAAUGAGCAGUAUAAAUAUCAAGUGCUGCUUGGGCACCUACAGCUACCUAGUGCAAUCCAGCUAGCUAAGGCAUACAUGCAUGACCCAACGCCGUACACCACGGCCAUGCACGCCCUGCAGGACAAGUAUGGGCAACCCCGUCAGCUCGUCCAAAGUGAAUUGGGCAUCAUUCUGAAUGCUCCAGCUAUCAAAUUCGGCGACGCAGAAGCCUUUGAUGCAUUUGCCUUGUCUAUCCAAUCUCUAGUAGGGAUGCUUAGGACACUGGAGGGCCAGAACGGCUUUGAGCUAAGAUGUGGGUCUCAUGUCGACCGACUACUGAGUAAGAUGCCACCCAGUUAUCGUGAUGGGUUUGUAGAGCAUUGCCUGAACCAAGGCAUUCUUCGGACAGGUACUGACCAAACCUAUACCCUGCCUGAUCUGAGUUCCUGGCUGCAGAUGAAAUCCCAAGCGAAGCGCAUCGCAGGUAGAGCUGCUUCACUCUAUAGUCCUGAAGCUUAUAAGCCAACCAAGAAAGACCAGCGUCUUCCCAAUAAACCAAAGGAGAAAUCGACAGCCUUCUUCCUGACUUCCCGGGAAAUCCCCAGCUCAGAAGGGAGUUCUGUCCGACCAAAGUCCUCAUCCAGACCAAAACCAUACUGUCCCCGCUGCGAGAAUAAGGAGCACUUCCUGAACGCUUGUGUAGAGUUUAAGAAACUGACUACUGACCAGAUGGUGAGGUGGUUAACUGAUGAACAGCGGUGCUGGAAAUGUGGAAGAACUCACCAGCCGGAGGCUUGCACCCUCAAACGACCCUGUAAUACCUGCAGAGAGCAACACCUGACUGUACUGCAUGAUGCGGUCCAGCAGAUCCAGAAGAGUGUGCUCAUGAUGACUGCUCCGACUACAACAGUGUACUUGGAUAGGCCAAACCGUUCCCCCAAGGUGAUGCUGAAGGUUGUAAAGGUCUUGCUGUACAACAGGGACCAAACAUUGGAGACUCAUGCAAUACUUGAUGAUGGCUCCGAACGAAGCAUCAUUUUACCACAAGCUGUUCGACGCUUAAAGCUCACUCCAGAGCCUGAGACACUUGCCCUGCGGACUGUCCACCAAGAGGUAGUGCAGCUUCAUGGCGCCUCAGUUUCCUUCCAAGUGUCCUCCCCCUACAAACCUGGGGAGAAGUAUAAUGUACAAAAGGCAUUCACCGCCGAUGCCCUUGGUCUCUCAGAACAUUCCUAUCCGGUGAGGAUUCUACAACGCCGCUAUAAACACCUGCGUGACUUACCUCUGCCUUUGGUAGAUCAUGUUCAACCUCUGCUGCUUAUCGGCUCUGACAUGCCUCAUCUCCUGGCACCUACAGAACCGGUCCAUCUGGGCCCGACAGGGGGACCCAUCGCCAUCCAUACCAAGCUUGGUUGGUCGCUCCAAGGUCCCAUCAGUAUUGACCAGACUCCUGCAACUGAGCAGCAGUGCCUGUUCACAGCAACAGUUGUGCCAAACAGUGAGCUUUUCAGGAAUGUUGAGCGUCUCUGGCAGAUUGAUACGCUGCCUUAUGUGAGCGAGAAGCAGGUAACCCGAUCGAAGCAAGAUCAGCAAGCUCUAAACCUACUCCAGACAUCCACCAUCAGGGUCACUGUCGAUGGGACACAGAGGUAUGCCACACCACUGCUUCGUCGCACCAACUCCGCCACACUUCAAGCCCCUAUGGAAGCAGUCUUGCCAAGUCUGCGCAGCACAGAGAGGAGACUUGUCAAAGACCCACAACGCGCCGAAGUAUAUUGUCAGGAAAUCCAGAAGCUGGAGAAGUUGGGCUAUGUAGCUGUGGUGCCACAUGAGAUAGCUAGAACCACUGCAGAAUCCUGGUUCAUACCUCACCACAUGGUGCGACACAAUAACAAGGACAGGAUCGUCUUUGACUGCUCUUUCCAGUACGAAGGGAAGUCCCUCAACUCUAUUCUCCUCCCUGGACCUGCCUUAGGUCCAUCUUUGCUAGGAGUUCUUCUUCGGUUCCGGCAGUAUCCAGUUGCUGUGAGUGGCGACAUCAAAGGUAUGUUCCACCAGAUACGCCUUUUGCCAGCAGACAAACCAGUGCUACGCUUCCUCUGGCGGGACAUGAAGAGGGAUGAAGAGCCGAAGAUCUAUGAAUGGCAAGUGCUGCCAUUUGGCACGACAUGCAGUCCUUGCUGCGCCAUCUAUGCAUUGCAGCAGCAUGUCCGGGACACUUGUAGGUCCAAUCAUGACCUCGUUGAUUGUGUAGAGCAGUCGUUCUACGUGGAUAACUGCCUCCGCAGCACCCACUCCCAAGAGGAAGCUAAGGCCCUAGUCGACAGUCUGCGCCAGCUGCUCCACACCGGGGGCUUUGAGAUACGUCAAUGGGCCAGCAACAUCCCUGCUGUCAUUGAACAUCUUCCAUCCAAUGUCAGAUCUGAGAGUAGUGACCUAUGGCUCUCUCAGUCUAGCACAGACCUUUGGGAGCCAACUCUGGGACUGACAUGGGAUUGCCUUCGUGACUCCUUCAAAUACAGACAUCGAAUGGGGGAGAGAACUGAACCCACACUGAGGAACGUCUACAAAACACUUGCGUGUCAGUACGAUCCGCUAGGUUAUAUAGUACCAUUCACCACACGGGCCAAGAUUCUGGUACAGGAUCUUUGGAAGGAGCAGCUCGGCUGGGACGACCCGAUCCAGCCACCUAGCCUUCGUGACAGAUGGCUUGCCUGGGAAAAGGAGAUUCCUGAUCUUAUCCAGGUGGAAAUCCCCAGAUGUUAUGCACCAGCAUCUGCUGAUUCACCUGCUUCAAGUAGAGAUCUUCACAUCUUUUGCGACGCUUCCGAGAGAGCAUAUGGGUCUGUCGCUUACCUGCGGACAGAAACUGCUCAGAAGGAAGUCUAUGUCGCCUUUGUGAUGGCUAGAUCCCGGGUGGCUCCAAAGAAACAGCUGUCCAUGCCGCGGUUGGAACUGAGUGCCGCUCUCGCUGGUGCACAACUAGCUGGUCUCCUUCAAGCUGAGCUCACGCUGCCCAUUCGAAAGGUCGUUCUCUGGUCGGACUCCACUACCGUUCUCCACUGGAUCAAGUCAGAAUCUUGCAGCUAUAAAGUUUUUGUGGGCACGCGGGUGGCAGAGAUCCAGAGUCUUACAGAUGGGAGUACCUGGAGAUAUGUGGAUAGCGCGAACAACCCUGCUGAUGACAUUACCCGGGGCAAGACCUUGAGGGAGCUGUCACGACCACACCGGUGGCACCAAGGCCCUGAAUUUUUAUGUCGAUCCGAGGAGCAUUGGCCGACCAGCCCACCAGCAUAUCCAGAGCCAGAGGAUGGCGAGCUGAAGAAAUCAUAUUUCUGGGGACAGGUUAGGGUCAACUCCUGCCCUCAACUUCCUGAAAUCAGCAUGUUCUCCACCUGGAAGGAUCUCAUCAAGACAACAGCGCGGUCCCUACAUGGGGCGGCUGACCCAAACUCAAGCUCGCCCAGUGAAGCAGACGAUUACAUCAAAGCUGAGAUACUCCUCCUGAUGAAGGCUCAGUCAGAAUCAUUCCCGGAGGAGGCCAAGGCACUUAGGUCUGGUAGACCAUUGCCAACCAACAGCCGUUUGAACUCCUUAUCACCCGAAUAUGAUAAGGAUACGGAACUCAUCAGAGUUGGUGGAAGGUUACGAAGGGUUGAGCAGCUGGAGCUAGACACCAUCCACCCAAUCAUACUAGACCCAAAACAUCCUCUGACUAAGCUCAUCAUCCAGGAUUUUGAUGAGACCCUCCUUCAUCCUGGACCAGAAAGAGUGUUGGCUGAACUACGUCGCCGGUUCUGGAUCCUCCGGGGGAGGGAAGCAGUCAGACGGUAUCAGAGGGACUGCAGGCAGUGUCAGGCUUGGCGUGCCAAUCCUUCCAUCCCGAAGAUGGCAGAUCUGCCACCAGCUCGUCUGCGACUGUAUAAACCACCCUUUUAUUCGACUGGAGUCGAUUGUUUCGGACCCUUUACUGUGAAAAUUGGACGUCGAACAGAGAAGCGUUGGGGCAUAGUCUUCAAGUGCAUGACGACCCGUUGUGUGCAUCUGGACCUCCUCGAGAGUCUUGACACUGACUCCUUUCUGAUGUCGUUAAGGCGCUUUAUUGCCAGAAGAGGCAAACCUUUUGAGCUCCUGUGUGACAACGGGACAAAUUUUGUCGGUGGAGCCCGAGAGCUCCAUGAGGCCUUUGAGACCAUGGCGCCUCAGUUGAAGGAGCGUUUGGCAGAGCAGCAGAUUGCUUUCCGUUUCAACCCUCCCAGUGCUCCUCACUUCGGUGGCGCCUGGGAGAGAGAGGUCAGGUCCGUGAAAACUGCUCUUAAGGUCGUACUCAAGGAGCAGACGGUCCCUGAAACUGUGCUUCGUACGGUCCUUGUGGAAGUGGAGGGCAUCGUAAAUGCUAAGCCUCUCGGCUACGUCUCAUCAGACAUAGCAGAUCCAGACCCCAUCACACCUAACAUCCUGCUUAUGGGACGCUAUGAUGCAUCACUCCCUCAAGUGGUUUACGAUCCCAGCAACCUUAUCGGAAGUCGCAGAUGGAGACAUAGUCAAGUUCUUGUCGACCAUUUCUGGUCCCGAUUCACCCGUCACUACCUGCCUAUCUUGCAAGAGAGACAGAAGUGGCAGAAGGAGGCGGAGUGUCUCAAACCGGACCAAGUGGUGCUCAUAGUUGAUCCUCAGCUCCCAAGAGCUUUAUGGCCUGUUGGUAAGGUAACGACUACUUACCCUGGAGCUGAUGGACGCAUCCGGACUGCUGCCGUUAAGGUCAAAGAUCGAACGUAUAUUCGACCAGUAGCCCGCUUGGUCUCACUCCCUAUGCUUGAAGAGGAUAAGGAUCCACAUACCUAAGUGGCCUUUCCACCUUGGAUUCGACUGUCUGUGCAGACAGUCGGGGGCGGCUGUGUUAGAAAGCCCACUGUUUAUAUGUUAUUUGCUUGGUUGAAGUGUUAUGGUUUGUUUAUAAAUAAGUGUUUGUGCUGUGGAAAUUGAUAUGUCCUACGUCAUUGAACUCACCAUAUCUACGCUGCCGCUCCUUGAAUGCACCACUCUGUGCCGUGUGCUGCUAGUCUGCCUUUGUAGCUGCUAAUAGCCAGCCUUUUUCCUUUUGUCCUCUCACCAGCAUCUCGUGGGUUUUGGUUUAUUGCUGUGUGUGAAUGCCAGAAGACCACAGCUGAAUAAAUCUCCUAAACUUGGAAGCUGCCUCCGUGUUCUUUGACCGGAACACCCCACCAUACCUUGCCGCUCUAAAUCAUAUCAGCUAACUCCCGGAGACAACAUUCUCUCCAUUUUAAC